AUGGCUCUGGGGAUUCUUGAGCCAAGUGUCGAGCAUGUCCCGGGGACGGUGUAUGUCUAUGAGACAGAACAGCGACUUGCUGAGCUUUUGGAGAAUGCCCAGCAUCUGAAGAAGGACAAGACGGGCCGGGUCAUUCUCGUCCCUCAACCCUCAGAUGAUCCAAAUGAUCCUUUGAAUUGGCCCAUCUGGCAACGCGAUCUCAUUCUUGGAAUCCUCUGCUUUGUGUCCUGCCUUGCCACAACAGCCUCUCCUCUCCUUGCCGCCGAUUCAACGACUCUCGCAAUCGUCUUCAAGCGAACCUUUCAAGAUGCUGCCCUUCUCACGGCCUACCAUCUCUGCGGUGUUUGCGUGGCGGGAUGGUUAUUCGUUGCAUCCGCAAGAGUCUGGGGUAAGAGACACCUGUUUCUCCUAGGAGCCUUGCUCAUGGUCGCGAGUUCUGCCUGGGGCGGUUCUACACAUAUCGGUCACGAUUAUGCUAGUCUAUUGUGGAGUCGCGUCUUCCAAGGCGUCGCAUUGGCACCUUUCGAGGCACUGGUCAAUGCUUGUGUCGGCGAUCUAUACUAUGUCCAUGAGCGUGGAGUUCGAAUGGCGAUCACAAACACAUGUCUUUUUGGAGGAGCUUUUCUGACACCAGUCUUCGUGGGCAUGAUCACUGCUCACAUGGGCUGGCAAUGGAGUUUCUUCUUCCUUUCGAUCUUCAUGGCUUUGGGAUUCUUCCUCCUAUUUUUCUUCGUGCCUGAGACGGCUUAUCGACGAGCACAUUCUCUCAACCUUGAUCUUCUUGCAGAAGAGGACUCGUCGAAAGAGACAAUUGGAAGACCUGAGAUGGCAACUGCAAAAGAUGCGGAGGGAAAGCCUCUCCACUCUUCUACAGUCGUGGAAACGUCGCACCCAAAGCAUUCCUACUGGCAACGACUGAUGCCGUUCAACGGUCGAAAAACCGAGGAGUCCUUCUUGAAGCUACUCUUGCGCCCAUUUCCGCUGUUCCUGCAUCCUGCAGUCCUCUGGGCCUGCUUGAUGCAAGGUGUGAUCAUCGGCUGGACUGUCAUGGUCGGAGUUAUACUCUCUCUGAUCUUCCUGGGCCCGCCUCUCUUCUUUAACGAAGAGAGGGCCGGCAAGAUGUACACCAGCGCGUUCAUCGGCAGCAUCAUUGGGCUGCUCGGCGCCGGUCUGUACAGCGAGCUCACUACGCGAUUCAUGAUCAAACUCAAUAAGGGCAGAUACGAACCCGAGUUUCGUAUACUCCUUGUCAUCCCGACGCUCAUGUUCUCUUGCAUCGGUCUCUACGGGUUCGGCAUCACAGCGAACGAUGUGGCCCGCUAUGGCUGGAUCGUCCCCGAGGUAUUCCUCGCAUUCAUUAUCAUCAGCAUGGUCAUGGGCUCCAUCGCCUCGGCUCAGUACCUCCUGGACGCCCAUCGCGACAUCGCAGUCGAGGCGUUCACGAACCUGAUUAUUUUCAAGAAUAUCUUCUCCUUCAUCCUGGCAUACCAUGCCUUCAAUUGGGUAUUUGCGAUCCGCAUCAACCAUUUAUUUAUUAUAUUUGGGAGCAUCGAGAUUGCCAUCUGUGUGCUGAGUGUUCCCAUGUAUAUCUUUGGCAAGAAGAACCGGGAGUUUUUCCACCGGCACGAUCUCUUGAAGAUAACGAAGCUCCGAUAA